UCAGUACACUUUGUCAAUAGAUUAUCUUAACCGAGAUGAUGACCACAUCAUUUUUUUCAUUGGUCAGUCAGUAUCACCUAAUACUAAGAUAGCAAGUAGAGAGCAUUAUAGUAAAGUCUUCUAUGUACGGGUGUUUAAAAUAGUAUAUUGAAAAAAAGCAGUAAGGGAUGUAUUGCCAUUGAUUUCAGUGCAGGAAGCACUAUCUUAUGUGCAAAGAAAGCAAUCAUUAAUCGACUUAGUGAAUGCAGUUGUUCUGAAACAAGUCUUUCAACUGGAAAUUCCAGUAGAGAUAACUUUCAACCAGUAAUACAAAGCUAAAAAUAUUAUUUAUAUCUUAAAUUGCGUCGCCAAAUAUUCAACCCAAACCCGACCCGACCCUAGGGUCGGGUUGCAGGUCUCUCACUACUGCUGAAUUCUUGUAGCAUUCACUAGAAAUAGUUAUCAGCAACUUAGAUUCUAUUCAGAGCGAUAGAAAUUUCAGAACUUUCUUGUUAACUCUUGAAUAUUUAGAUACUUUCUUGUACUACGUGCAAUUUUCGUUGUUAUUUCUUUAUUCAGACAUGGUGAUAUGUUGUAUUUGGUUGCUGAAUGUGAUGAUGUAUUGCCUGCAACAAGCAACGAUUAUAGUUCAUCAUUCCGUGGAAUUGGUAUAAAAAAUGAUCCAACAAUGACUACUGGUGCGUCAUUUUCACCUUAUUCACGUAGUGGUGGCAGUUAUUUUACAAAUGGUAGUAGUUUGGUUUCUGAUUCAAUUCCGUAUGGAAGUACUAGUGCAGAUUCUAAUUACAUAUCAAAAAGUGAUCUUAAAGAAGAUGAAGUUGAUCAGCAAUUAGAGAAAAUUGAUGGGAGAAUUCAACGAAAUCGUGAUCCGCAAUUAUGUCAUCAUAAUAUACACGGAAAAUGUAUUCAUUGUAUUCCAAUUGAACCGUAUGAUGAAGAUUAUUUAAGAAAUCGUAAUCCACCAAUUAAACAUAUGUCAUUUCGAGCUUAUAUAAGAAAAUUGCAAAAUGCAUCGCCCGGUGAUAGAAAUAUAUUUGCUAGUUUAGAAAAUAUUAACUGCUCAAUAAAAGAAAAAUGUAGAACUGGUCAUGCACCAUGGCCAAAAGGCAUAUGCACAAAAUGUCAACCAAACUCAUUAACAUUAAACCGACAACCCUAUCGUCACGUUGACAAUAUUAUGUUUGAAAAUGGAAAUUUAGUCAAUCGUUUUUUAAACUAUUGGCGAUCUUCUGGUUUUCAGCGCGUUGGGUUUUUAUAUGGACGAUAUGAAGUUUAUGACGGGGUUCCGCUAGGAAUUCGAGCAGUUGUUGCUGCGAUCUAUGAACCAGCACAAGAAACAUCACGUGAUUCUGUAAAAUUAAUUUUUCCCGAUCCGCAUGCAGCACUAGUGGACGAUGUAUUUGGAAGAUUGAACAUGCGUCGUAUUGGUUGGAUAUUUACUGAUCUUUUACCAGAUGAGACAAAAUCGGGGAAUGUAUUGCAUCAUCGUGGAAAUACAAAUUCUUAUUUUUUGAGCGCUCAAGAAUGUAUUAUGGCUGCUUGGUUUCAAAAUAAUUAUCCAAAUGUUUGUAAAUAUUCUCCAGAUAAAUUUCUAGGUUCAAAAUUUGUUACAGUAGUUGUUACCGGUAUGUAUUUAUGUGAUUCAAAUGGUCAAAUCCAUUUUGAAGGUUAUCAAGUAUCAAAUCAGUGUAUGGCAUUAGUUAAAUCAAAAUGUUUAGUACCAACAUAUGAUGCAUCCGAAUUAGGCUAUAUUAAAGAAACAAGUCAAGAACAGUAUGUACCAGAUGUAUAUUAUAAAGAAAAGGAUUCUUAUAAUAACGAAGUAAUGAAAAUCGGACGGCCAUUACCUCUAGAAUAUUUGAUUAUCGAUGUACCAACUGGAUUUCCGUCUGAUACAACUAGACGUUCAACAUUCAAUGAUUCUAGUCAUUUCGUGAAAAUACCAUUUACUGUGGAAAAUCGUAUGCAAAUAGGUGAAUUACAAAAUAUGAACACAUUAUCAAGUUAUCUAGGUCAAUUUAAAACAGUUGAAGGCAAUGGACCGACAACAGUAUCAACAUCAAAUUUUCAAGCAUUCGAUAUUAUGGCUGAUAUUCAUCUUCUAUUGUAUUUAGCGGUCAAUGAUAUUUUACCAUUUUCUAAGAAUCAGCUUGAUCCAUUAUUAGAUGCAAUUCGUGUAAAUGAUACAAGUGGUAUUGAAACAUGGAUGGAAAGCAGUGAAUGGCAAACAGUUGUACAAGUAUUACAAACACAAAGUCCUAGUCCGUUACCAUCAAUGUCACAUCAUCCAUCUAUGGAUUAUGAUACAUUUAAUAAACAUCAACAAUCAUCCAAUAAUCGAUAUUGGACUUGUGAAAGUGCAUUAACGAAUAGACAAAUUGGUGGUAAUGGUGAUGUUUCGUCUGAUAAUAAUGUACCGUCGCAAUAUAAAGUUUUAACAUUAACAUUUAAUCAAGAUUGCACAUCACUUGCAUUGGGCACAGAGAAAAAUUAUACAUUGUACACAAUUUCACAAGAUAAAAUUGAUGAAAUAUAUGAUUGUCCUUAUGAUGAUGUACGUAUUAUUGAACGUUUAUUUUCAAGUUCAUUAACCGCUUUAGUUAGUAAUCAAUCACCGAGAAAAUUAAAAGUAUGCCAUUUUAAAAAAGGAACAGAAAUAUGUUCAUAUUCAUUUGCCAAUACAAUUUUAUCCGUUAAACUUAAUCGUCAGCGUUUAAUUGUUUGUUUGGAAGAAAGUAUUUAUAUCCAUAAUAUGCGUGAUAUGAAAGUAUUACAUACAAUACGUGAUGUACCAUCGAAUCGAGAAGGUCUAUGUGCAUUAUCAUCUAACAGCGAAAAUUCUUAUUUGGCUUAUCCAGGUAGUUCAAUUAGUGUAUCAAUUAUAGCAGCACAUGAUAGUCCUCUAGCAGCAAUUGCAUUUGAUAUAACUGGCAAAAAAAUAGCAACUGCAUCUAAUAAAGGAACAGUAAUUCGUGUUUUUAAUUCUGCUGAUGGAGCACGUUUAUAUGAAUUUCGUCGUGGUGUAAAAAGAAUUGCAACAAUUCAUUCAUUAACAUUCAGUCCAGAUGGCAUGUUUUUAGCCGCAUCAAGCAAUACAGAAACGAUACAUAUUUUUCGUUUGACUAAUACAAAAGACAAAGCACCAGAAGAAACGAGUUCUUGGAUGGGUUAUUUUGGUCGCGCAUUUGUUAGUGCGGCACAUUAUUUACCAACACAAGCAUCUGAAGUUUUGACGCAAGAUCGUGCAUUUGCUACUGUACAUUUACAAUCACCAGGCAUGAAAACGACUUGUGCAAUGACAGUUAUGAAUAAAAUACUGAAAUUAUUUGUUGCCGGUUAUGAUGGUGUUGUUUGUAUUUAUGAAGUAAAUACUGUUGAAGGUGGAGAAUGUAAACAACUCGGCCAGUAUUUGUUAUUUAACAUGUCUGCAAAUAAUAGUAAUGGUGGAGGAGGAGAUUCAACAGUAGCCACUGGUCAUCGAAAUUCACUUGAUGGUGUUCGACAUCCGUCCAUGUUACAAAAUGAAACAAUACCACAAACGACCACAGCAACAAUCAACUCGGCACGUUCGCCAAGCGCGCCAGAUCUUGAUGAAGAAAAUUUUCCACGUUUGAAUUUGCCUCAAGAUGCAUUUGAUUAA